UUUCCGUCUUCUGCAGUGUCACGUGAACAGUUUGUGUACAGUGGAGGUCCACGGUUACCAUUUUGUUUUGUGUCCUGUGUUCAGCGUCUCAACAAGAAGCUUGGCAGCCUGCCUGACACUCCAAGAUAGGGCCACUGUUUUCAUGAUGAGUGGAUGUCGUAUAUUCAUCGGUCGGCUCAGCCCUUCGGCAAGGGAGAAGGAUGUCGAGAGAUUCUUCAAAGGAUACGGGCGCAUCCGUGACAUCGACCUGAAAAGAGGCUUUGGCUUUGUGGAAUUUGAAGAUCCAAGAGAUGCGGAAGAUGCUGUAUAUGACCUUGAUGGAAAAGAACUGUGUAAUGAGAGGGUGACUAUAGAGCAUGCUCGUGUACGUCUACGUGCCAAUCGAGGAGGGAGAGGAGGAGUUGGCGGUGGUGAAGGAAGCCGCUUUCCUGAUCGGUACGGUCGAGGCGCUCAGAACAAUCGGAGUCGAAACCCGCCUCCGAUGCGUACUGAGAACCGUCUGAUUGUGGAGAACUUGUCGUCCCGUGUCAGCUGGCAGGAUCUGAAAGAUUUCAUGAGGCAAGCUGGAGAGGUGACAUUUGCUGAUGCACAUCGGCCUAAACUCAAUGAAGGGGUGGUGGAGUUUGCCUCUAACAGCGACAUGCAAAAUGCUCUUGAAAAACUGUCUGGGAAGGAGAUCAAUGGCAGGAAAAUAAAGCUUGUUGAGGCAGGCAAGAAGAGGUCAAAAAGUCGUUCCCGCUCAAGGAGUUCAUCUCGGUCCCGCUCCCGUUCACGAUCCAGGUCCCGUGAUCGCUCCUCAUCCGGAAGUCCCAGACGCUCCAGCAGUCCCAGGCGCACCGGAAGUCCUAGGCGUUCUGGCAGCCGGGCCAAAACCCACAGUCGCUCCAACAGCCACUCCCCCACAAGUGGCAAAUCCUCCCCUAACACCAAAUCACUGGAUCCAAGCAAACACUCUAAAUCUGCUACACCUACUCCAGUUUCUCCACGUGAAAAAGACCCCGGCCCUCAGUGUCGUUCUCGCUCCCGUUCUCCUUCAACUGAAACCCAACAUUAAGUCACCUCUUAAAUAUGUUAGGAGAGGUUUGUAAAAGCUCAACACUGUUUCUUAGGAAAAUAUCAAGAUUGGACAGAUAGGUACGUUUUUUUUUUGUCAUUAUGUUUAAUGGGGGUUUUUUAUACGAAAGCAAGGCCACUUACAGUAUCUGUAAUUCAAUUAUUCUUCCUCCUGAGCCACGAUGUCUUCCCCAAUGCCAUAUACCUACAGAGUAAUCUCACUCCAAGGUACGUGUACUCAUCUAUAACCCAUGCUGUUGAAAACAUUGUUUUACUUAGUGCCCAGUUAGUGAUUUUUAGAGCGCCCAGAGGAAGGUCUCAAAAACUCAGUUUCUUCUUGUUACUAAAGGAGGAGAUGCAGUCAGGUACAUUUUUGUACAUUGAAAACUCAAGUAUUUUAAAAACUUCACCCAGUUUUAGUUUAUUUCCGAGUUCCAUAAUGCACUUGACAACUUUUGUCAUCUUGCAUGCAGUUAUUUCUCCAUAUUGCGUAGUCUGUCAUGAGAAGAACAAAUCAAUGUACAAGUGUGUAGGAAUGCCAUGACAUUUACCAUUGCGACACGAGACAGUUUUCAUGUUGGGCCUUGCUUGUUAAACUAAAAAUGGCUGCUUAGAUUGGUGUUUCUUACUCAAUGCAUCUAAAAAAAUGAAAGUUGUUCAUGUGAGAGUGUAUACAUGUAAUUUGACACAGUGAUGUGGUGUAGAACAAUACAGCCUUUUGUACAUCAUUUUUUUGCUUUCAAUUAAAAAGGGCCAAUUGUAUGUAGGACAUACGUACCUAUUAAAGCAGUUUUAACAAUGUUA